AUGGGCUGCGCGACAUCUUGCCUUGCAACUUCCGCUGCGGAAAUCAAGAAGUCAAUCCGUUACGGCGAUGAACGAGCCAUCGUUCUUAAGCUGGCCGAGCAGCCUAAGCUGCUGAGUGCACCAUGUUUUCCGCAAGCGGCCACCCCCCUGCACCAGGCCUGCAAAGCUAGGAGCACCAAGGUCGUUCAGGCCAUUAUUGGAUUUCUACUCAACGCAAGCUUGGAGACAGUACGGACGGCCUUGGUGCCGUACUGCUGCCGCGAAGGCAAACACUCGCCUAUCACAGUUUCCGAUGGUGUGCGGAUGGCGGUCAACAUGGUCAACACUAACGGCCAGACUCCUCUGAUGUACGCAUGCUCCGUGGAUUGCCCUGAACUUGUGGAGCUGCUGCUGGCUUAUGCGCAGCUCCGUAAGGUACAGGGUACAAGUUGGUGCGUGAACAGACCUGUGGGGCACACCACGACCACGAUCCUGUACGGCAUUGUACGGGUGUUGCCUCAUGCGGCAGGGUACGUGGACGCGCGGUCCUGCUGCGGCCUAACGGUGCUACAUUACAGCGUCUACUACGGCUGUAUGGAGUCACUCCGGGAGCUGCUGCUUCAUCACGAACCGCAUCUGAAUGCGCUCACCACGGCGGAAUGCGGCGGGGACUUGCCGCUCGCCUGCGAGGCGCGCUCCUCUCCGCUGCACGUUGCUGCGGUUGUGGGCAGCCUCUCCGCAGCCCAGGAGCUCCUGCUGCACUACGUACGACAGGUCUGCAGCGGCCGCCGUGUCGUGGACCCCCGCGCAAUUGCCAAUGCGGCUGGGCAGCUUCCUUGGCAGGUGGCUAUCAGUAACCGGCCCUCCAGCGCAAGCUUGGCGGCCCUGCUGCACCCCCGACAACCCUUGGCGCAAGCUCUCGGCAUAGACUUGUCCCGGUACGACAUGGCGUCAUCGGUGCUCGGCGGCGGCAGCGGCAGCGGGCCGCCGCCGUUGGCAGUCAUUGCCGCCGCCGCCACGCGCCGCAAACUCCUUGCCGACCUGCAUGUGCAGCGGCAGGCAGCUGCGGCGGCGGCGGCGGCGGCGGCCCCCGGGGCCGAGGCCGAGGCGGGGCUGAUCAAGGGCAACACUUUCGGCGCCACUGCCUUCGCCAGCUACGGAGCUUUCUGGAUGGGCUGGUUCCUGUUGGAGCUCCUGAUGAAGCAGUACCCCUCGGUGUACAAGACCGCGCUCACGGGCAAGACGCUCUGGUGCGGACUGUGGGCGUUCCUGACGGCCGGAUUCUUCGUUGUGACGCUGCGCAAGAACGGCUGCCUGAUGACCAUCUUCUCAACCCUGGUCAUCACCUUUUCGCUGCUGGCUGGCGGAGUGUGGAACGAGAGCUGCGAGCUGGCCGCGGGCUACUUUGGGUUCUUCUGCGGCGCGUCCGCCAUCUACGCCGCCUUCGCCUUCCUGUUCAAGAUUGAGCUCGGAAUCGUGCUGCCAGGCGCGAGGCCCGUCAACUACCUACCAGCGGACUCAACGUCAAUACCGGGACACGAGCACCAUCACCACCUAGGCGCGGUGGUGCUUCCAAUUCCUGGGAACGGCGGCGGCCGAGUGCUGUUGGUCGUGGACAGUAAUAGUCCACGGGGUAAUGACGGUGGCAGCUGCGAGAGUGGGCAGCAGGAAGGGGGAAGUAAAGCCAAGGAUGCUCCCGAAGGUCAGAGAACGGAGAACGCGGCUUCUUAA